ACAUCUUGCAAUUCUCACAGAGCGUUUCGUUCGCAUAUCGAAGGUUAACAAGUGGCUUGAGGAGCGUCACAAUUUUUGUUUCGCCAAGCUGGCUAUCUCGCGGGCAGUGCACUAUGCGCAGUACACAGAAUGCGGGGAUGGGCAACCCUUCCAGCAGGUCUGAGGUAUCCGUCUUUAGUCACGACUGCUCAUGGCGACUUGCCUAGGCAUGGAAAAUUGAGCUUUGGGGUCCGCUGGCUCACGUAUCAGUGUGGCGCCAAUUCUUCCCCCCGCUCGCUUGGUCGCCAUAGAGCCCCCAGGAACCAACUUCACCGCGUUCACCGUCUACAAACCACCAGAUGGGAGCCCAGACGAACGUUCUCCGGUACUCCGCGCGCACGAAUCAUAAUCAUCGACGAUGAGGAGGAGGUAGAAGUGCCGUCUCCACCCCAAACCGGACAACGACGUGUGAAUGUAACCGGCGCUGUACAUGAAAAUAUCAAUGACUUGAUUCGGACACGAGAAUCUCGGUUGAAGGUGCAGGCCAAAGAACGGGCAACAAGGCCUCUGGAUCGCAAAAAACUCAAAAAUAUCGAAAAGAAGGCUCGAGUGCUUGAGGAUUACUACAAACUGUGUGAUGAAUUCCUGCAACUGAAGUACGCCCACGUUGAGCAUUGCCUUUCACAGUCCGCCAAAGUGAUCAGCGAGGCCCAGCUCCAGUGCGACAGUCAGGUCUCGACGUAUGUUUCACGUUUGGAAAGCCGGGUUGAGCAGAUGCACCAAAAAAGCCAGUAUCUGGAACACGAGUAUUGUGAAAUUGCGUUCCGUCCUCUCGGAUUUUUGAAGGAGCAAUUGUCAACAUCGGCUCGGGAAAUCAAGAAUUUGCAGGUCGCGGUGUUUUCCCAAUCGGUAGACAUUUCGCUGCAGUUCAUCAACGAUCUCCAUGCCCUUCUUGACAGGGAGUAUCUCAAGGCUCGGAAUGCUGCCAGGUCCCGAAUUGAUCGAUUACUCGUUCAUGCAGAGACCGCAGCCGGUCAAUACAACGACUUGCAGGCCAAGGGUACCGCCGUGAUCAAUGGGCUUCACGCCAUCUCAACGCUUUUGCGUUCACUUUUGUACCUGGAUUCGCGGAAAGAGCCUCUUUACAGAUCUCUGAUAGAUUCGAAUCAUUCAAUUGCUAGUGAAUUUGCUUUGAGCUCACACGAACACCGCUGGAGAUGGCGCACGUCGAGGAGAUUUCAAAAUCCGCUUAGCGACGCAUUCUUACUCGAGUCUUCAAAUCUCAUUGAGUCUCUUACGGUGGCCUCAGCAAACCUUUUACCGUCAAAGGUCAUAUCAGCCGUUAUGUUCGAUGAUAAAGAGCAUCAAAAAAUCAAAGCACUUAUGGCAAAGAAAGACCGCCGACUUGCCGAUCACAUUCGAAGACCCUAUCUGCAGAAAUGGAGAGGGCCAAAACCCACCUGGUCUCCUGAACUAAACAAGUAUUGGCGGCAGCUCGACGUGCUUGCGCCCUUUGAUCUCCAUCGCAUGUACAUCACACAGCUCUCGAAAGAAGUGUUGCACCUGGUCCCGACAAUCCAGGGAGGGUUCGGACCCAUGUGGGAAGGCCUUGACGAUCAUGAUCGUAAAACAAACCAAGCUAAUCUAAGCGACUGGUACAUGAGAUACAGAAAAUCACAGAAAGAGUUCUUAGGAGAAUUGGAGAUGUACAGAUACAUCAACUGGUAUCGACUCGGACUGGAGGAAAAACUGGGGAAGCUGGGCGUGCCUAACCUGAUUCAAGCCCAGAAACUAUUCGUCCCUAGCAAGCCACUGAGCCAAGAUAUGGGGCGCUUCAACCAAUGGGUUCACAAGAUGGUUGAUAUCCGCUCAGACGGUUGGAUAUCCGAGAUGGCCUUCCGCAUGAUCAGGGAUCCCAAUGGCUUGGAUACCUGGUUGGAAAUGAUGGAUAGGUUCCGUAAGGAAGCGGCCGAAAGAAAAUCCCAGAUCCUGGACUUGGGCUCCGUGAGAGUCCGUCGGAGAGGAGUCUCGCAGAAGAGAGCCAAGGUUUCUCGCUUUACGAAAUCAAAGAACCUACGACGAAAAACUGCACGGAGCGUGCGCUCAGAGCUUGCCUCCAAGCCUUCCACAAAAGAGACAACGAAGUCUCACUGGAAGCCCAGGCUUACAGAUGGGCUUUCCUCCGGGUCCUCGAAGCCCAGAUCCUCGAAGGUACUAGUGGAUGAGAAGGAGUCUCGAUCCUCACUACCUACUCCGGAUGCGAAUUCGCAAAAGAGGUCAUCCCCGCGGAAGCGAAAAGCAGCUCGAAGCAGGCUCGGCCCCGGUUCUGUAUCGGAUCACCUGGGCCAAGCGAAAAAACCAACACCCCAGCCAGCGCCCGUGGAUGCGAAGACCCGGUUUCUCCGAGCAAUGUCCAUGAAAGAUGACGCGGGAUCCCAACGCACUCCUGACAAGCCCAAGACGAAAAUAAGUGUGGUGGAACGACCGCCAGCGCCAAAGCCGCUCUCCUCACCAGGUGGGAAGGCCUCUGUCCCCAAAGAGCGGCAUCCCGAAAAGUCGGAGAAGACCAAGCAUGAUGCAUCCACAAAAAGAAAGCCUCAUCCGGUAGAGAAGCCACUGAAGAGUCCUAAGCGCAACUUCUGGGAACCAAAUCCGGUUGUCAGUCCUGGUGAUCCGUUCCAGAGGCCAAGGGGAAGAUCCUAUAGCACAAGUUCCACCGUGUGGAGCGAUCAUGCCCUGAACUGUAAUCAUCCUGAUUUACCCGAAUCUGCGCCUCGUUUUGCUAUACGACCUACUCCAAACACGGAUUCUGAGCUCCCCAUUUCCGCAGAAGACGCAUAUCACCUCGAUAUUGAAAUCACCUCGACCGAGGAGGCCCCGCUUUUCUGGAGUCACAGUGAUCAGCGAGCUCCCAGUGGGCAGAGGCCUAUUGUGCACUACUGUAGAUCUCUCGAGAGCACCGAGUCCGUUGCACGGCACUUUUUGGACAGCAAGGUUCUCGGUUUUGAUAUGGAAUGGAAAGCACAGGCCUCCGCCACAGACAGCAUCCAGAAUAAUCUGUCGCUCGUCCAGCUCGCAAACGAAGAGCGCAUCGCCCUCUUUCAGAUCGCUCUGUUCAAGCCCGCCCGCUCGCUGGAAGACUUUGUGGCACCUUCUCUUAAGCGCAUCAUUGAGUCGCCUGACAUUACCAAAGUCGGCGUCUCUAUCAAGGCGGAUUCGACCCGACUACGCAAGUAUCUCGGAGUCGAGGCCCGGUCUAUCUUCGAGUUGAGCCAUCUGUAUAAAUUGGUGAAAUACGGUCAGGCGCAGCCCAAGCUUGUCAACAAGAGGACCGUAAACCUGAGCGACCAGGUUGAAGAGCAUUUAGGAUUACCGCUUGAAAAGACCGAGGACGUGCGUUGUGGCGAUUGGGCGAGAUCGUUGAAUUAUCGCCAGGUUCAAUAUGCCGCUACGGAUCCAUAUGCUUGCAUUAGCCUGUUCAAUAUCAUGGAGCAGAAGAGACAAGCGAUGAACCCCGUUCCCCCUCGUCCUGCACAUGCAGAACUCAACUUGCCCAUUAUUUGUCCCGCCGGAGAAGCAGUGAACUUUGCGGAUAGGACUGCUGUCCCUGGUAUAGUUGAUGGCGAUGUAAUUGAUCGCUCAUGAGACGAUUCAUCUCCCAAUCUUUUUUUUUUUGCAUAUGUGUGGCCCCGAUAUCAAGAUAUCCAUAGACAGCGGCAUCUUCCUUUUUUAUUGGGUACCGUGUUUCUUGUUGCAUUUGAUGCGUUUCUUGGUUGGUUCGGUGUUUCGUUGGCUAGAUAUCCAGAUAUGCAUUGUCCAUGUCAAGAAGAAUUUCAAAUUUAUUUUGUACAUUCACUCUGUUCUGG